AUCGAUUGGCGCGGCGAAUUAAAGAGGCUGUGGUGCGGCAUAAACAGAUGGCAAAAUUACUUACGGCAAACAUUUUAUUUCGUACAAAAUAGAAAUUCGAGUGUGUCCGGCAAGAAUUUAGGCAAAUGUCCGGAUUUAUAGAAGAGAAAAACUGCAUGUUGCCACGCGUGGCUCUAAUAGCAUGUGGAUGCUUUAGUCCACCAACUCCAAUGCAUAUGCGUUUGUUUGAGAUAGCACGAGAUUAUUUUGAGCUUCGUGGUACACACAAGGUUGUAGGUGGCAUUAUAUCACCUACGCAUGAUUCCUAUGGCAAGAAAGGACUGGCUCCUUCUUUGGAUCGCUGCGCCAUGAUAAAACUGGCCUCGCAAACCUCUAAUUGGAUUCGCUUGUCCGAUUGGGAGGUGCACCAGCCGCAAUGGAUGCGAACUAAAGCGGUGCUACAGUAUCAUCAGAACUUUUUGAACAACCACAUCAAUUCACCAUACGAUGAGGAGCAAAAUGAUCUGCUACCUGGCUGGCUGCCACUGGGUUUGCGUGAACGUCGCGAUCCCAUACGCCUUAAGCUACUAUGCGGCGCUGAUUUAUUAGAAUCUUUUGCAGUGCCUGGCUUGUGGGCUGAUGAGGAUAUUGAAGAAAUUGUCGCUAACCAUGGAUUAGUUGUUAUAACCCGCUGUGGCUCUAAUCCUGAAAGGUUUAUAUUCGAAUCGGAUAUACUAUCCAAGUACCAGCGCAACAUAACCCUCAUCACCAACUGGGUGCCCAAUGAAGUGAGCUCUUCUCUUGUGCGUCGUCUGCUAAGUCGCGGUGAAUCGGUGAAGUAUCUUUUAGAUGAUUUGGUGCUUAAUUAUAUCAAGCGCCAGGGCUUGUACAAUGUAAAAUCGUUGGAUGCACCGCCUGAAGGCAGCAAAUGACGAUGCACACACUGCACUUUACACCAUUUAGAUGUAGAAUCAAUAUAUCCAGAGGCGCAGCAGCAAAAUCAACAUCAACAUCAACAUCUUCACCAACGGCAAUCAACCCAAAGUCUUCUCGUGCAGUGGCGCCUCUUUAUGGAGUGUGAGUGUGUAAUAGCAGAAAAUGAAUACGCCAGGUUUUACAUAAUUGUUUACAAAAUUUCCUGCUCUUGCAUGUAAAUACAUUCACUUUUAAUAUAUAAGCAUAAGAACACGUAUGUACACUUCUUAUACGCUUUGGUGUUAUAUAGUUUUCCAGUGUACGUAUCAGCUUAGAUUGCACCUAUAAUGUUUCAUUAAGAAUAAUCCAUGUCAAUAAUACGCUACAUCAUCAUUAUUGUUGUUGUUGUUGUACUGACACGCUUACAUUGAUAAU